GAGGUCAACUUGGCACACCGUUGGCGGUCCAUGAGAGUGCGUCAACGCUCCCUGCUGGAUAUGAUUAUGAUGCUGAACGCCGUGUUCACGGUGUACAAUCUUUUCAAGAUCGUCUACCACUUUUACUGGGCCGUGCUUGUACUCGCACACGGGGUCAAAUGCUUCAUUGGAGGGGAAUUAGAGUCGUGGCGAACCUCCGUUCCCAUCUCGCUCGGCCUAACCUUAUGCAGCUUGCUCGCAGUCUGGUGCUCCGCAUCCCAGUGGGCUGACGACGAGCACACUCGAAUAUCCAACGUUCUUCUAGGAUAUUUGGCGCAGGAACCUGAUUUGUCGGGCCAGUCCAAGGACGAGGAGGUGCCACAGCUGGCAGUGACAGCGGUGACGUCGCUGCCUCGUGAAGAGGGCCCGCUUCUCGACAGCGUCGUCAUCCACGACCAACUGAAGCAGGAGCAGGAACGCGACGAGGAGUCUUUCGCGGACAACGCCACCACUGUGUCGGCGGCAGACACAGACGACAUCAUGAUUCUGUCUCCUAAUGGAGAUUGGGAAGCAGCUGACGAAAUGCCUAGCGGACUGAAGCAGGAGACGAACGAUGUCGACGAACAUGUGGACCAACAUGUAGACCAACAUGUAGACCAACAUGUGGACCAACAUGUGGACCAACAUGUCGACCAACAUGUGGACCAACAUGUGGACCAACAUGUGGAGCAACAUGUCGACCAACGUGUCGACCAACAUGUCGACCAACGUGUCGACCAGCAUGUCGGCCAACAUGUCGACCAACGUGUCGACCAACGUGUCGACCAACAUGUCGACCAGCAUGUCGGCCAACAUGUCGGCGGAAGCAACGUCGUCAUCACUCUGCCAGGGCACAACUACGCUGCGGUUUACGCCCCUGACGAGUGUCUUGACGUCUCGGAAGCGACCGAUCAAGUCCAACAUUCUUCGCAACUGGACGACAUCAUGCAAUCUGCAGGAUUAGACAAGGUGAAGCGGCUGAACGGCGUCAACUGCUGCAAGCAGCCCAGCUGGAGCUUGUCGCUGCUGAAGCGCGUGGCCCCGACAGUGGAGUGGCUGUACGUGCUGGAGGCGCUGACGGAGCACCAGCAGGCCGUGAGCGAGAUGCCGUCCCUGCGCUACCUGCACCUGCACGUGUGCCACACGGACGGGACGCCGCCGGCCCUGCCGCUGCAGCUGGAGGAGCUGACCGUGGAGAACGUGGCGAAGCACCACUUCACGUCGCUGCAGCGCAUGCCGCGGCUGCGGAAGCUCUCGCUGGACUGGAGCGACGACCCCGUGGCCGUGGUGUCACCGCCGUGUCAGGAGCCGAUUGCUCCCAUACUUCGGGAUCUUAACGACCACCUCAAAAAAGAAUUUUCGCCACCCACAGUUCGUGCUGAAAGUCACUACAACGCCCUAAAAUGGAAGUUGGAAAUUGACCAAUUUCCAUAA